AAGUACAGAGCUCGCCCUUAUGGCUCAAGCUAUUUCGAGGAUCGUCGCAUGCCCUUUCUCCCCCCUCCCCCACCCCCCCCUUCCUCCCUCUCAAAGCUCUCCUCCAGUGUAGAUCCAUAUGACCGUCGGCCACUGCCUCCACCUUCAUCGCCCGCCGCAGCUGCUGCAUUUUAUGCACGAGACCGCAGUCCAAUCAGACGAGUACCAGUCUCCUCGGCAGGCUACGCAUAUGAGCGUACACGGCUGUCACCGGUAUCAGCCUCCAGGAGCUCCUAUGCUACCCCACGGCCCAAGGAUCAUUAUGCGCCACGCUAUGCGCCUUACUAAAGCCAUGGUGCCAAGGUCUGUUUGUGAACUGCAGGACUUUUCCUUUGCCGUCAUUUCUUCAAGCUACAUCACACAGCAAAGCAUAUGAGAUGCAGAAAUUAAGAUUGGAAAUUGUGUUGGCUUCUUCCAGGCACCUGAGAUGCCAGUUGCCUGCAGAUGAAUGGUCCUUUCAUUCACAUUCACAUAACCUGUUUUGAAUAAGGAUGAUUAGCAAACUGCACUGUUUAACACUCAUGAUGUAUAAAACAAUAAUUGCUCACUUGCUCUGCAGGUUUUCAGUUCAGUUUUUAGCCAUGUCUUUUUUUCUUACCGGUGUUUCUUCCUCACAUGAAGCAAAUUUUUAAAUUCAGAAAAUGUUAAUUGUUUGGCUUCUGUUUUGUCAUUUAGAGGAAGUGUUCUUUUUUCAUCAAUAUAUGAACAUGUACCUUCCUUUUUUGAAGGGGAUGAGCGUUAACCCAUGCUGUAUCAGUUGCUUGUAGUGCACAAGAAUCUUAUCUUGCUCCUAGACACACAUCUGACAUGAUCAGAGUCAGAUAUGUGGAGAGAGAGAAAUGUUUUUUUCAAAAAUGAUCAUCAUUGGUGUCCAACAAUAUGCUGUAGAGGUCAAUGACUCCUCAGGUAUGUUUUAUUACAGCUAAAACUAGUAGUUUUCACUCAGAAGUUGCUUCCUUUAUGCUUGAAAGGUUGAAACCUGCAGUAAGCUGUCAAGCGUUGGUUGGGGAAGAAAACCUGCAGACUCUGCCCUCUGUAGCACAUGAGUGGACUCAGUGAUUCACACUGAAGAAGACAAUAGAGAAAUGAAUCCAUAUCCAUGCGACUGACCUGACUGACUGUUCAGUUAGGAUACAGAAUCACAGAGUUAGAUUCUAAGUGACGUGGACAAUCACAAUGGUGAAAAUAUUCAUCGGGAACUUGUCACCAGACACUACAUCAGAUGAACUUCGCUCUCUCUUCUCCCAAUACGGCAAGAUUGCAGAAUGCACUAUUGUCAAGAACUUUGGCUUUGUGCACAUGGAUGACAAAGCAGAGGCAGAAGAAGCUAUCCGCAACCUCCACCAUUAUGAGCUAAAUGGCCAGCCCAUGAAUGUAGAAUUGAGCCGUGGCAAGUCACGAGGAUCCACUAAACUACAUGUUGGCAACAUUGCCUGUACCAACCAGGAGCUGAGGGCCAGGUUUGAGGAGUUUGGCGCUGUGUUGGAGUGUGACAUAGUAAAAAACUAUGCUUUUGUUCACAUGGAGCGAAUGGAGGAUGCUAUGGAGGCCAUUAAUCAGUUAGACAACACUGCUUUUAAAGGCAAACUGAUGAGCGUGAAGCUUUCGACUAGCCGCCUGCGUACUGCGCCGGGAAUGGGAGACAGAUCGGGUUGUUAUCGUUGCGGGCAGGAAGGCCACUGGUCCAAAGAAUGCCCUCUAGACCAAAAUGGCUACCACAGAAACGGCUCAGAGCCAAAGUCUGAUGGAUACGAUGCCUCGAGAUUUGGCGGGCGUGGUCACAACAGGGGUUAUCAUCCGGACUUCAGUGGCGAUCCAGAUUAUGGUGGCGGCUAUGCUCCUGUACAUGGUUUUUCCCGGGGUUCCGGUCACAGCAGCAGCAUGGCAGGGUACAGAAGGGGUGCGGGCUACGAAAGUGCAAUGAGAUACGGGCCGCACCCAGGUUACGGGAUAAGCGCUGUUGCUGAACAUAGCAUGGCUCGGCUGUACGGCAGCGAGGCGGCAUACAGGAGCAACGGCUCACUCUAUGGCGCGGUACCACCCUACCCGAUGCGACGGUCGCCUUACGAGGAAAGGGAUCCGUACGGGGUCGUGGACUACUACGAGAAGUACAGGGCCAAUUCUUACGGAGGCAGUUAUUUUGAGGAACGUCGCGCUGUCCCCUUGCCUGCUCCAUCAACAUCCUCCUCCACAGCUUUAAUGAGGGAACGUCUGCCCCCCUCUAGCCUCGACCCAUACGAGUGCCCUCCAAUUCCUCCUCCACCAGCCCCAGUCUCCUCAUACUACGCACGUGACCGGAGUCCGAUUCGGAGAGUCCCUGCCGAGGCAGAUGGAUAUACAUAUGAGCGUUCGCGCCUUUCCCCGGUGCCCGCCGUCCCAAGAAGUUCUACCUUUGACCAUCCGCGGGACCCCGACGCUGAGCGGGCACGAUAUACAUACUAAUCUGACAAUUAGUGGAUAGGAUAGCCUAAGUGCCAUUGGAAUCACUGAAAAUUAAACAUUAAACAGUAUAUCUCAUUGGUGAUAUCAGAGGCGUGUGGGUAGUAAGAAUACGAUUACAAUAAAGCUUGCCAAUCAUAAUAUCCAACAAGUAGAUUUCAGUGUGAAUGGUUAAAAGCAUUCACAAUAUGCUAUGAUCUCAUUCUAGGUUCUACUUCAAAAUGCAGUACAACUAAUUCUCAGUUGACCACCUUUCAUUGUCCUAUUUACGUGUUGUGGUAUUGGUGCAGUUCUGAGAUGGUUUAGCCUAAGUGUGGAAGUGCAGACACUGGGUUUGUGUAAAACCUGUUUGAUUUCUAUUCAUGAUACUGUAAGAACUGAAUUUUUGCCCCUCUGAGAGUAGCUGUAUGUUCAUACACUAUUUAGACUCAGUUAAUAGAAACAAAUUUAAUUAGUGCAUGUUUUAAAGGUGAAUCUUAGGGUUAUGUUAAUUAAAUUACUUUUUUUCAGCAGCAUUUAAUGUGUUACUAUGUGUAUUUUAGUGUAUUUGUGUAAGUUCACAUUGUUAAUGCAUAUGUGAAGCAAAGGCAAAACGAAUUUGGAUCCGUAUGCUUCAUCACCUACAUUGUUUAACCUGUGGACUUUAAUGUCACACCUGUACCAAAUAUGGAUCUGCACACUGUAAAAACAAUGUUCUCUUUUGUAUUUGAGUUAUAUCAAACCUUUUGUGAAAUUAAGUUGAACUUUUUAUCAAGGUGCAUCGUGAUCAUGUUGUUUUAUUUGUCAGUAGGCACAUUACUUCCAUUAAAUAGAUUGCCAUUGCUGUGAUAAAUAUGAGGCUUCACAUCUUGAACAUAUGUUGUAGUUUUAUAAUGAAAAUGACCUAUUGCCUGUACUGUCUAACUGUUAGGUUAAAAUUAAAAUCUGUUUGUCUAAAGUCUAAA